UUGUUUUUAGACCUUUAAGUUACUAUAAAAUUAAUUUUAGUCCUUCAAUUUUACUAUAUUCAUACCAUAAAGCUUAUGUCCUCUACUCCCGGAGAGUAGCGAGAGAAGAAGAAGAAGGAAAUGAGCAAGAUCCGUUCGUCUGCGACAAUGUCACAUCGUGACCAGCCGUCACCUCUCGUCGUCACACUCAACUGCGUAGAGGACUGUGCUCUCGAGCAGGACUCACUCGCCGGCGUUGCCGGUGUGGAAUACGUCCCGCUCAGCCGCAUCGCCGACGGCAAGAUCGAGUCCGCCGCCGCCGUUCUCCUCCACUCCCUAGCUUACCUUCCGCGUGCAGCUCAACGCCGUCUCCGUCCUCACCAGCUCAUCCUCUGCCUCGGCUCCGCCGAUCGCGCCGUCGAUUCGACUCUCGCCGCCGACCUAGGUCUCCGUCUCGUCCACGUCGAUACCUCCCGAGCUGAGGAAAUCGCGGACACCGUGAUGGCACUCAUCCUCGGACUCCUCCGCCGGACGCACUUGCUCUCUCGCCACGACGCGCUAUCGUCUUCCGGAUGGCUCGGAUCGCUCCAGCCGCUUUGCCGAGGAAUGAGACGGUGCCGUGGUAUGGUUUUGGGGAUAAUCGGUAAAUCUGUAUCCGCUCGUUAUCUGGCUAGCAGGAGCUUGGCUUUCAAGAUGAGUGUGCUCUACUUUGAUGUCCAUGAGGGAGAGGAAGAACGAAUCAGGCCAUCGAGAUACUUCCCACGUGCUGCCCGGAGAAUGGAUACAUUGAAUGAUCUACUAGCAGCGAGUGACGUCGUUUCGCUUCACUGUUCGUUAACAGACGACACGGUUCAGAUACUCAAUGCAGAGUGUUUGCAGCAUAUCAAACCUGGGGCCUUUCUUGUGAAUACUGGGAGCUGCCAGCUGCUGGAUGAUUGUGCUGUGAAACAGCUUCUGAUUGAUGGCACUAUAGCUGGCUGCGCCCUUGACGGUGCUGAAGGUCCACAAUGGAUGGAAGCAUGGGUGAAGGAGAUGCCGAAUGUGUUAAUCCUACCUCGUAGUGCUGAUUACAGUGAGGAAGUAUGGAUGGAGAUAAGAGAGAAGGCCAUCUCUAUCUUGCAUUCAUUCUUCUUAGAUGGUGUAAUACCCAAUAACACUGUUUCUGAUGAGGAAAGUGAAGAAGAGGAAGAAGAACGAUCACCUAUCACUAUCAGGCAUGAGAAACUAGCACUAGUGGAAUCCACCAGUAACCAACGUGGAGAAAGUGCUCUCACCGGCACCAAAAUCGUUCCUAAGGAAACUCUGAGCCUUGGUCAGCAACACGUUUCUGUUCUUUCUCAAGAUACUGCCAUCAAACCAGAAGUGAGACGCAGUAGAUCCGGCAAGAAAGCAAAAAAGAGGCAUUCACAGCAAAAAGCAGAGGGUUCCUCAGGAUUACACGAAGAAAGUAGUACUUCACGGAGAGAUGAUACUGCUAUGAGUGACACGGAAGAAGUAUCAAGUUCCAGUUCUAGAUGUGCUUCCCCCGAGGAUUCAAGAAGCAGGAAAACACCACUUGAAGUAAUGCAACAGUCUUCCCAAAAUCUGCUUGUGAUGUCAAGCAAGAAGCUCAUAGGAAAGUCAAGUGAAGUACUGAAAGAUGGAUAUGUAAUAGCUUUGUAUGCAAAAGACCUAUCGGGACUCCAUGUUUCAAGGCAAAGAACUAAAAACGGUGGUUGGUUCCUCGAUACGUUGUCAAACGUAUCCAAACGGGAUCCGGCUGCACAAUUCAUUAUCGCAUAUAGAAACAAGGACACCGUUGGUCUGAGAUCAUUUGCUGCGGGUGGGAAGUUAUUGCAGAUAAAUAGAAGAAUGGAGUUUGUGUUUGCAAGCCAUAGUUUUGACGUGUGGGAGAGUUGGAGUCUAGAAGGUUCUUUGGACGAGUGCAGUCUUGUUAACUGCAGGAAUUCCUCUGCGGUUUUGGAGGUGCGUGUGGAAAUUUUGGCGAUGGUAGGAGACGAUGGCAUUACGCGCUGGACCAAUUGAAAAGACGAGAAAACAGAGUCUCUCCUCGCUUUUGAUAUUCACCGUAGCUUUGUUUCGGUGUCGUGUUGUCUAGUUUGGAAUGUGUAUUGUUCCUAACCUCUGUUUGUUUUAAUAUUCGGUUUGCUGAAAUAUCCACUGAGUUUUCCGGCAUUUUAUGAGUUCUUUUAGUUUUUGCAAAUAUAUUUGAUUCCCCCCCCCCC